AUGCCGUUCGGCCUGAAGAACGCGGGAGCCACCUACCAACGCUUGGUCAACAAACUGUUCCAGAAUCAGAUCGGCCGAAGCAUGGAGGUCUACGUGGAUGACAUGAUCGUUAAGAGUCGAACUGAUCAGCAGCUCGUCCCCGACCUGAGGGAAAUCCUGGGUAUCCUGCGGGAGAGCUGGAUGCGGCUGAAUCUGAAGAAGUGCACUUUCGGGGUCAGAUCGGGAAGGUUCCUGGGAUUCCUGGUGUCUCGGGAUGGGAUCCGGGCCAACCCGGCUAAGCUCCAAGCUAUCAUGGAUAUGGCCCCCCCAAGGAGCGUGAAUGAGGUCCAGCGGCUCACAGGAAGGAUGGCUGCCCUGAACAGCAAGGAAGGAAGUGGAGCAGGUCUGUUGCUCAUCUCGCCAACCGGCGAAGAGCUGACCUAUACUCUCCGGUUUGACUUCCCCGCGUCUAACAAUGAGGCUGAGUAUGAGGCCCUAUUGACGGGGUUGCGGAUAGCCCACCAGAUGAGUAUAACCGCGAUCAAAGUCCGGAGUGACUCGCAGCUCGUCGUCCUCCAAGUUCGCGGGGAAUACGAGGCUAAGGAGGAGGUCAUGAAGAAGUAUCUGGCCAAGGUGCAGGAGGCAACAGCCUUGUUUGAUGCCUUCGAGAUCGAGCGGGUGCCGAGAUCACAAAACAAGCAUGCAGACGCCCUGUCCAAGCUGGCAUCUUCCUCGUUUGCACACCUGAACAAGGAAGUCUUGGUAGAUGUGGUAAAGCAGAAAAGUAUCGACCAGGCUCAGGUCCUGGCUAUAGACAGUUCGGUCACCUGGAUGACCCCCCUCGUAAACUUCCUCAGCUCGGGUGCCCUCCCUAAGAACAAAACCGAGGCUCGCCGGAUCCAGUUCAGAGCUGCCAAGUACGCCUACGCUGGAGGGACCCUCUACAGGAGGUCAUACUUAUCUCCCUGGCUAAAGUGCGUGACUCCCGAGGAAGGUGAUUAG